AUGCCGAGCUCUGCCUCCUCCCCUGUGAUCAUCGUCGGAGGCGGCCCAGUGGGCCUGUUCACCGCCCACGUCCUCGCCGCGGCAAAGAUCGACUACAUCUUGCUGGAGAGACACCAGGACAUAGUGAGGCAUCGCGGGGCGCUCAUCAUCAUAUGGCCCCCUUCGCUGCGGCUACUUGACCAGCUGGGCUUGUACGAGCGCGCCAGGGAGAUCGGGACGCGAACCCACACAAGAACGACAAUGACUCAGGAUGGGCAGCCCAUACCCGUCGGAAGCGGUCGCCUGUGGGACGUGGUUGAAGAACAUCUUGGAUAUCCCACUCUAGGCUUCAAUCGCGGGGACUUCAUCAGACUUUUGUAUGAGAGUCUACCCGAGCGUGAGAGCCGGGUGCGAACCAGCACGGAGGUUGUCAGGAUCGAAACGCGCGACGAUGGCGUGCAGGUGCAUCUAGGGGACGGCAGUGUGAUAGAGGGCUCCCUAGUCAUCGGAGCUGACGGCGUCCACAGCAAGACCAGAGAAUUGAUGCAGCGAAUGGGUAGCGCACAGUCGGCAACCGACGGGGCAUUGCCUGCAGGCCCCAUGGUCACCACCUACCAGUCGAUAUUCGGCCGCGCCCCGUACACCAACCAAGACAUCGACAAGGGCAACUUCGUCGAGACCCACGGCCCCGGAAUGGCGUCGCAAUCGAUGAGGACGCACGACGCGCUGUAUUUCUCGCUGAUCAGACGGCUGCCGGAGCCCACGUCGGAAAGGGGGAGGUUCACGGAUGAGGACAUGGAGGAUAUGGCCGGAGCCUUUGCCGAAGUCGAGGUCUUCCCCGGGAUCAAGUUCAAAGAGCUCUGGCCUGCACGCGACCAGACUAAUACGCAGCUUCUGCACCAAGAAGAAGGUCUUGUCGAUAAGUGGCACCACGGACGCGUGGUGCUAGUCGGCGACGCCAUCCACAAGACGACGUCGCUGUGGGGAAUGGGCGUCAACACGGGGGUGAACUCAGUCGCGGUGCUCGCGAACAUACUUCGGCAAACCCUGCGCAGUACGCCAACUCCAAGUACCCAGAUGUUGGACAAGGUGUUCGCCGAGUACCAGAGCGCGCGCUGGAAGGAGUGCGCUUUUGUUAUUGCGCGCAGUAAAGAGGUGACUCGCGCUGUUACCUGGUCCACGCCGGAGGACGAGGUCAUCGACCGGACGAUUCCGCCACCUUUCACGAUGGAGGACGCUGCGCGGGAGCGCGUCACGCCUUUCCUGCGCCAGGGACAGCUGUUGGACUUUGUGCCCUUCGAUGGCAAGCACGGCAGUGUGCCGUGGAAGAUAGUGGGCAUGUCUACGGCCAGGGCGAUGCUUUGA